GGAAACUCUGUCGGGCACCUGCCAAGUCAGAGACUGACACUUCGAGAAACCCAUCAUGAACAAACCUAACUCUCUUUUGAUUGGAAUAUUCCUGUCAAUAUCAAGCAGUAUAUUGUUUGGACACAUAAUUAAAGCAUCUCCAGUCAACCCAUCAGUGGUCAAGAGAGAUGACAGUAUAGGAUUUGAGAAUGAUGACUUCAAAGGUCAACUACCUGUUGAAAAUAGAGAAGAACAGGCAAGAUUACCAAACACUGAUUUAGGACAGGAUGACAGAGUAGGAAUAGAACUGGAUGAGCUGGAGGAGGGGAAGAGGAAAGAACCAGUAGAAGGGUAUGUUGGUGAUGAACCUCUCAGAGGAGAUUUGAUGGAAGGCAAAGAGGCAGUGAGUUCUCACUCAGCCUCGGUGGAUGACCUGUUGCCAUCUAGUAUACAGGAAGGUGUAGGGAACAAUGCUGAGGCCAAUACUUCCUACAGCAGACUCACAGAUGCCAAUCAUCAAGAUGGCAGCAAGAUAGAGCUUGGACAUGGUCAGCAGGUGCUCAUUGAAGCUGAAUCUAGACAUGUCCCAGACAACCAAGAACAGCACACAGUUAGUGUUCCUGGACAGGAUAUACAGGACUCACACAAAGCUCCCCUAGUUCUGCAUGAUUCCACUCAACAGCCUCUAGUUCUACAAGAUCAACAGGGUACAAAACAAAACCAUGACCAGGCCUCAAAUCAAAUCAACCAGGGUUUGAACCAACAACUGGAGCAGCAGGGCCCAAAUCAACAACUUCCACUUCAGCAAGGUUCAGACCAACAACUCCCACUUCAGCGUGGUUCAUACCAACAAGUCCCACUUCAGCAUGGUUCAGACCAAUCAGCCCAAACACAGUAUGCCUCAAACCAAAAACUUCCACUUCAGCAAGGUUCAGACCAACAACUCCCAAUUCAGCAUGGUUCAUACCAACAACUCCCACUUCAGCAUGGUUCAGACCAACAACUCCCACUUCAGCAAGGUUCAAAUCAACAAGUCCCACUUCAGCAUGGUUCAGACCAAUCAGCCCAAACACAGUAUGCCUCAAACCAAAAACUUCCACUUAAGCAAGGUUCAGACCAACAACUCCCACUUCAGCAAGGGUCAGACCAACAACUCCCACUUCAGCAUGGUUCAGACCAACAACUCCCACUUCAGCAAGGUUCAGACCAAUCAGCCCAAACACAGUAUGCCUCAAACCAAAAACUUCCACUUCAGCAUGGUUCAGACCAACAACUCACACUUCAGCAAGGGUCAGACCAACAACUCCCACUUCAGCAUGGUUCAGACCCACAACUCCCACUUCAGCAAGGUUCAGACCAAUCAGCCCAAACACAGUAUGCCUCAAACAAAAAACUUCCACUUCAGCAUGGUUCAGACCAACAACUCCCACUUCAGCAUGGUUCAGACCAACAACUCCAAGUUCAGCAUGGUUCAGAUCAACAACAACCAUUUCAGCAUGGUUCAGACCCACAACUCCCGCUUCAGCGCGGUUCAGACCAGAGGGACACCAAUCUCAAUCAGAAUCAAGGUUUAAGCAAAUCUCAAAAUGUAGUUACAAAUUCUUACCUGAACCAAAACCAGAAGUCUUACCUGCAGCAAGUUCUUCAAAACAAAGUUCAGUCCGAGUCUCUACAGACAGAUGGAACCAAGCAAUCAGGAAAUGAUGUUCCAGAGGAGUUCAAGGUUGAGGACAAUCAGCCAUUGGAUGGUUCCAGUGAACCAGCUGCUCAACCCAAAGACCAUUACUCGGAUGACGGCUACUUGGACCCUCCUGCAAACAACCUGGAUACAGACAGGAGCCUGUCAGACAAAGGCGAUGAAGACAUGGGCCAUAAUGCUAAUCUUUACGAUGAAGAUGGUGAAGCAGACACUCGUCUGAACAACAAAAAUAUCAUUGAUGAUAAUAACGAACAAGCUGUCUACAAUGGUGAAAAUGAUGGGAGUGACAGAGAGGCAGAGCAGACGGACGAUAAUGAUGAGAAGGACCAAGGAGUUGAUGAUGACUAUGAUGACUAUUCUUAUGAAGACAAGGAUGAAAAGGAAAGAUUUGAAGGUCAUGAGGAGACUAAACGAACUACAACAUCCUCGACACCCACAAAAGAUGACUGGUACGGUGACAGCAAUGAAGAAGGUGAUAGUGAGUGGUGGCGAGUGAUGGACACUAACACCGUCUCCCAGCAGAAUAAUAUUGAUGGAGAUGAUGGGGUUGAUGGUAUUUUGGAUAAAGAGGAUGAGGACUACAGUGACCCUGACAUUGAUCAAGAACUGGAGUUUCAGCAGACACACCAUAUGAAGCCCCACACUGACAGCAAGGGGGAAGAGUUUUUCAACGACAACAUGAAGACCAACUUCAAGGAAGGCCUUGUUGAGAACAAACUGCUGAAGAACAGGGUCGGUCUUAACGCCCCGUCCAGCAUGGUUCUCUUCUACACCUGGAUCAUACUCAUUGUUCUCAUCGCCGUGGUUUCACUGUCAGCUUUCCGGUACCGCUGCAAGGGAAUGAUCAUGAAUGGAAGAAACUUCAGGAACGGAAACCAUGGCAACUAUAGACAUGAGAGACCUGGAGAAGAAAAUAAAAGGCUGCUGGAAAAUGUGUACACAUAAUAUGUUGUUCAGUUAAUAUUCUCCUGAUUGUGUUCAGUUGUUAGGAAGGUAGAUUAUGUGGAGGUGCUGUAAUACACGUUUCUGUGCAUAUGUAAAUACUUGUGAAUCUGGAAUACUAAAACAAACAAAUAUAAGAAACUGCCCAAUCUCAUUAACAUCAGAUCUUAGUUAACGCUAUCGCUAAACAAAGAUCUGAUGACAUCCCAUUAUAGGUCACGUCAGAAUGACCCUACAUCCGAUCAAUCAGAGCGUGGCUUACCAGAUCAUGAAAGUGACAGUCGGAAUGUGUUUUCUAAUCAUGCAACCUCGAAAAUGUCAAUACAGGCUUUUCCGACCGACAGUUACGACCCGUACGACUGAUUCCGUCAAAAUUAUCGCCUAUCUCACGCUUCAGUGGGAUAAACAUUUGAACGGAGGAGGCGUUGAACAGUAUGUGGGAAGCACUUCUAUACAAUCUCAACCAUAUAUUAGACAUUCCUGAAUGUUCGUUUGUUCAGUUUUCAAAAUUUUAAUCGAGAACUGUGUCAACAUAAUUUUCAAGCAUAGUCUGAAAUGGAAGUCACCAGGUUGAAAUGAGUGCCCUAAAGCUUGAGAAAGCUGGUUUCUAAUUGUCUGAUGUCGACUUCUUGUUAAUCAUUUUAGUGGUCGGUCAAAGUUCGCGAAAGGUCGUUCUGACGUGACCCGUAAUGGGAUGUCCUCAGAUCUUUGUUUAGCGGCAGCGAGAACUCAGAUCUGAUUUUAAUGAGAUUGGAAACUGCCUUAAUUGCUCUCCUGCUGUUGACAAAAGGAGCUUACAGCUGUACAUCUGAAAAGGAACUGUUAGUUUUUCUGUUUAUUUGUGUUCUGUGAUGAAUGCAAACUAAUAUGUCUGUCCUCCUCAUCGGGCUGAUCCAGAACCUGAUGUUGCCUAUCUCCGGCAGCUGCUCCGUUGGGUACUUAAUAGGCAGGAGGAGUUUCUACAACGAAAUACUGUAACUAUGGUAAACUGGUCAGUUAUGGUAAAUAAUGUGUGCUGUUAUUAUGAGAUAUGACAGGUUAUACUUCCAAAUGUUUUGCAAAUUGUAUUUUUAGAAACAAAUCUUAUUUGAAAAAGUUGAAUGUGUAUCAGUGUUUCAUGAUUUAGUCUAUUCAUGUAUGGUCCUAUUGUCCCCAACUAUUGUUUUACAAGGACAUUUAUCACUUGUAGAUACUGGAGCUGUAACGCCCAAGGUUUCCAGAACCUACCAUUUAAUUAAAGUCACACCCAUUACUUUCGUUGGAUUUGAUCAUCGGAAAGUUUCACCAUGAGCAAGUUUAGGGCCACAGGUAGUCUCUGACUAUCCUUUAAUAUACUGGGACACAUUAGAAAUGGGACAGUUAUUGUCCCAAUCAAUGUUUGUGACACGAGUUGGAGAGGAAUGUGUUGAUAGUUUAACACUUUAAAAUAGAGUUUAUUAUUAAGAUCAAUUUAUGAUCAUAUACUGACUUACUUCAGUAUUUAUUGAAAUCUUUUUCAUCACUACUUCCUUUAUACAGCAAGAUGACUGAAAAACUGUUCAAUGCAGAGUUAAAUCCAUCUCACUCAUUCACUCACUCACAGUUUCAAUAACUAUUUUCAGUUAAUAACGACUUUCUCAAGUGUUUCUUAAAAGUAUUUUCAAUAAGUAUUGCCUUUCUACAAGGUUAUGUGAAAUUAUUUACACUUAGUAGUGCCUUUCUACAAUGUUUCAUGCAUUUUUUUUCACUUAGUAUUGCCUUUCUACAAUGUUUCAUGAAAAUAUUUUCAAUAAGUAUUUCCUUUCUACAAUGUUUCAUGAUAUUAUUUUCCAUUAGUAUUGCCUUUCUACAAUGUUUCAUGAAAUAAUUUUCAAUUUCUACUGCCUUUCUACAAUGUUUCAUGAAAUAUUUUCAAGUAUUAUUGACUUUCUUCAUUGUUUUAUGAAAAUAUUUUCCAUUAGUAUUGGCUUUCUGCAGUGUUUCAAUAUGGUUAUCAUGUUUCUCGUGAUCACUGUACUAAACAUUGCUAAAUACCUUCAAAUUAUUUUUGUUGAAAUCAAAGGACUAACGUUUUCUACAAGUGUUUCAGCUGUACUGUGAUAUUGAAUAUAGAUGUUCGGGGCUGAGUCAAAAGACAUGUCCUUGAUUUUAUUGUGAAAGACAUACAAUGAACAACAGAUAGAAAUCACAAACAAAUGCAUCGAAACAAAUUUAAAAGCUUCACCUUUGGCAGUUUGCUGGAAGUAUGCUUGUGUUUUGUGCUCAACAUUAUGUAAAGCCAUAUGUACAGGCAGACAGACACUGAAAUGGGCCAGAUAGAAAUUUUGUCUUUUGACACAGUCCCCUUAAAUGGGAAUACAUGUUUUGUGGUACUUUUUGUAUAAAAAUAUGUGCACCAUUGGUAACCAUGACGAUUGAUGAUAGAUAUGGCUGACAUGAUCUUUUUUAAGACUAGUCAUCUAAUGGGGAUUAAUGUUGUGUGGGAGUGAUCUAUCACAUCAUAGCAGUGAUCUAAUACCACGUAGCUGUGAUCUAACACCACAUGGCAGUGAUCUAUCACCACAUAGCAGUGAUCUAACACCACAUAGCAGUGAUCUAACACCACGUAGCAGUGAUCUAACACCACAUAGCAGUGAUCUAACACAACGUAGCAGUGAUCUAACACCACGUAGCAGUGAUCUAACACCGCAUAGCAGUAAUCUAACACCACGUAGGAGUCUAGUGUCUUACAUUAACCAAAUGUUGAUAAUAGUGGGAAUCUUUACCUAAACAAGCACAAGCUGUAGUGUGCCUUGAUGCAAUGUGUUGUGGGCCUUGUUGCAAUGUGUAGUGUGUUGCUAACAUGUUAAUACAACCUGUCUCUGUAUGUAAACUGUACAUAGGAGAGCUACUUUAGUGGGACUACAUUUUAACAUGGUGCUAACAUUUUAUGCAAUGUAGAUUUGUCUGUAGUUAGAAUCCUGUAUUUCCAGGUAUAUCAGAGAGUUAGCUAUUGGGGAAGAAGCAAUCACCUGGGUUUGUUGAUGAUGUUGUAUCUCACACCAAGUAUUAAUGGCAUCACAGCUGUAUGAACAAACACUUUCAUCACAAUCAUCUGUCAGCUCUCAGUGACUGCUUGAAGUGGAACCAUUCUCCCAUGCAGUCAUACCCUUGCUUCACAAUCAUCUGUCAGUGACUGCGUUAAGUGGAACCAUUCUCCCAUGCAGUCGUACCCUUGCUUCACAAUCAUCUGUCAGUGACUGCGUGAAGUGAACCAUUCUCUCAUGCAGUCGUACCCUUGCUUCACAAUCAUCUGUCAGUGACUGCGUGAAGUGAACAAUUCUCCCAUGCAGUCGUACCCUUGCUUCACAAUCAUCUGUCAGUGACUGCGUGAAGUGGAGCCAUUCUCCCAUGCAGUCGUACCCUUGCUUCACAAUCAGCUCUCAGUGACUGCAUGAAGUGAACCAUUCUCCCAUGCAGUCGUACCCUUGCUUAACAAUCAUCUGUCAGUGACUGCGUGAAGUGAACCAUUCUCUCAUGCAGUCGUACCCUUGCUUCACAAUCGUCUGUCAGCUCUCAGUGACUGCGUGAAGUGGAACCAUUCUCUCAUGCAGUCGUACCCUUGCUUCACAAUCAUCUGUCAGUGACUGCAUACAGUGGAACCAUUCUCCCAUGCAGUCGUACCCUUGCUUCACAAUCAUCUGUCAGUGACUGCAUAAAGUGGAGCCAUUCUCCCAUGCAGUCGUACCCUUGCUUCACAAUCAUCUGUCAGUGACUGCAUACAGUGGAACCAUUCUCCCAUGCAGUCGUACCCUUACUUCACAAUCAUCUGUCAGUGACUGCAUACAGUGGAACCAUUCUCCCAUGCAGUCGUACCCUUGCUUCACAAUCAUCUGUCAGUGACUGCAUAAAGUGGAGCCAUUCUCCCAUGCAGUCGUACCCUUGCUUCACAAUCAUCUGUUAGUGACUGCAUACAGUGGAACCAUUCUCCCAUGCAGUCGUACCCUUGCUUCACAAUCAUCUGUCAGUGACUGCGUGAAGUGGAGCCAUUCUCCCAUGCAGUCGUACCCUUGCUUCACAAUCAUCUGUCAGUGACUGCGUGAAGGGAACCAUUCUCCCAUGCAGUCGUACCCUUGCUUCACAAUCAUCUGUCAGCUCUCAGUGACUGCGUGAAGUGGAACCAUUCUCCCAUGCAGUCGUACCCUUGCUUCACAAUCAUCUGUCAGUGACUGCAUACAGUGGAACCAUUCUCCCAUGCAGUCGUACCCUUGCUUCACAAUCAUCUGUCAGCUCACACAUAUGUCGCAGUGACUGCUUGAAGUGGAACCAUUCUCACAUGAAGUAGGGCUACACUCAAUGGUGAUUCAGGGCUUAUUUUAUGUUUGUAGAAUUAGGCAUGCAGAGUUACAUCCAUAUUCAUCAUGAUGUGAUGGAGUUUGAAUCCUAGAUUUGCCAAGAUCACAACCCUUGGUCUGUCAGCACCACACCAGGUUGUGUUUCACCGAAGUGGUCCACUUCUAGACCUGUGUCACCUUUGGCUUCCUCCCCCAAAUCUGGAUAAGCUGUGAUGUGACUAGAUACUGUUCGAAGCCGCCUUAUACCGUAAUCCUCACUCAGAAGGGUGUCUCAGGUAUUGUUGCUAGGUUGGGUGUGAUGUCUCUGUUACGCUUAAUAUCCCUGACAGUCAUCCAGUGCAUUGGCAAACAGGCGGCUAAUGUCAUCAUGAAGGAAGGCCCUAAUCACGUGGGGAUGAUCUUUGCCCAAUGUCUAAUCGGACAACAAUUUUUUAGGUUAGACCUGGGGCCCCACAUAUUUUUGGGUCAUUUUCUUCCACCACAUAUCAUUUUAAUAACUUUUCAGAAAGGACAAAUUUUAUGUUUGCUUGGCUCUGUUGGUCUGUUUGAAUAAUAUCCCUUCACCUAAAUAUGAAAUUGCACCCUUGAUAAACGUAUGUUGUGCAGUGCUACCAUAUCAGCAAUAUUAUAUUGACAUAUAACUUUUAUGAUAUUCAAACAUGGCAGAAGUGAAAAUACUGAGCUGCCUGUUUCAGAUCUCUUUAAAGUAUUUUACACCCAUUUAUGACAUAUGUUUAAUGACAAAGGUUAUAUUCUGAUACAGAUAAUAUGUUGUUUAGUGUAAAAUUAACAUUGGUAGGAAGUUGUUAUUUUUUUAUCAUUGUAACUUAAAUGGAUUUUGUCUCAACUGACUUUAAGACGAUUGUUGGGGUUGUCUCUCAUGGUGUGGUGGAAAUGUCACCUGGGACACACAUGUUGCCUGGGGGGAUACGGAGCUGUAUCCCCCUUCUCAGCAGGAUGUUAUUGCUGUAGAUGGAUGCUAGGGGUAGCAUGCCGAUAUACAACAAUGGCUUCCCGGUGCAGGUGUAUUGAUUGAGGGUGUCAUGUGUUUUGCUUAUCAGUGAACAGUUCAGCCUCAUGUUUGGUAGGAAUUAGAUUUUUGUAUUUGAAGUACAUUUAUGUAUUAUUAUGAUCAGAGCAACUUAUGUUUUUGCUUUACAGAUCAGCCCACUUUUAAUUCAUCUUAAGAAAAAAAUGAAAAUGCUGUUUUUAAUGAAAGAUGCUUAUUGUAAACAUCUUCUCAUUAUAAGCCUGACAACAUCUUAUUUUGCUUUUUCCAGCUUUUUGACUGAUAAUUGAGACUUGUUUUCCUCUUCCCUCCUCCUCUCCUCUGCAUGUCCCUCUUCCCUCUCCUCCCCAUUUCUUCCCCCUCAUCUCUCCACCCCUCACAUCUCCACCCCCCUCAUCUCCACCCCUCACAUCUCCACCCCUCACCUCCUCAUGUGGGAUGGGGUAGCCUAGUGGUCAAGCGUUGUGUCAUCACACCUAGGUUUGAUUCCCAGCAUAGGAAGCCCAUUCUUGAUGUCCCCUUCUAUGAUAUUGCUAUUAUAGGAAGAAGCAUAAACCCAACUCAUCAUCAUAUAUGCUCAGACAAGAAUACUCUUUACAAAUACAGCUGGUUCAACCCUUGUUUGUACAACACAUAUCUCUUAAUAUUACAGCUGUUUUCAUAAGGCAAUAUUUGAUAUUCUUAAAACCACUCAUAUUUCAUAGCAAUGAACAUUACUUGUCCAGGGAUAUUGAUGUAUUGUCCUUGGCUUGCAGGCAUAUUGUUUAGUGUGUGAUCAGUGGAGGAAUAUAGUAAGUUUUGUUUCUAUGCAUUGUAUGGAAGCACAGUCACAAUGGCCUAUCAAUAUGAUGUGUACACAGUCUGUCCAAAAAAAUUUUUUGAGUACGGCUCAAAUUUGUGAUUUGGUAUUAUUUUAAUAUAUUUUAAUAUAUUUUAAUAUAUACUUCAUGACUACUCUGUCAUGACAUUGCAUAUUAAGGAACACCCAAUAUAUUCCUUUGACUAUAGUUCAUCUGUCAUGAUGUGGCAGAUCAUCUGGAGUCAUGUGAAAAAAUCGGUUCUUUUACAUCUUUUGGGUAGUAUAUUUAAUGUGUUAAUAUAUGGAUGGUUAUUAGCUGAGCUAACUGACUUGGUGUUAAUGGUAAGCGUAAAUGGGUAGACCAAAAACUACAAAGUAUGGAGUAAAGUCGCAGACUGUGUACACUAUAAUCUGUCGCCCAGACUCAAGAGAAUAAGUUAAACAAGUCCAACUCAAGUCUUGAACAUUUUGGCAAGUCUAGAUUGCCUCAGCUCUAGCCUUACAUUAAGCUUUGGCUCCAUUUGGAUUUUAUUUUGUAGCUAUAUAUUUUUAUAUAAGAUAACUUUAUUUCUGUGACUAAAUGUUAGUCUGUGUACACUACUGCACUGUCGGAAAUACCCAUGACAGCUCGAGCUGAGAACAAAGACCCAUACAAUCAGGACUUCUUUCGUCCGCAAGUCAUUCACUCUCUCAGCUCCAUGUGGAGUCUGCUGGCUGUAGUGGUAAGUAUGGGUUUUAUAAUGUCUGGUUUUGCUUGGAUUUUAAACAAGUGUUCUUUACAUGAGUAUUCUUAUGAAGUCAUUUUAAUAUGCUGUUUUUUAUUUUCAUGUUUCACUCAUGUGUGGGUGUUUUAUAAAUAAAAAUACCAGGGUG